GCCAGGAGGGCGGAAGUGGCGCCAGGAUUCAAAGCGGCGGCUGAGGCGGAAGCGGCGGGCCGGGAUGUUGCCCCCCUGGAAGGGGGGGGCCGGGGAGCACCCGGGGGGUCGCCAGGCGGGACCCCCACGGCAGAGCUGGCGGGCGCUCGCCGAGAGGAACCAGAGCGUGGCCCCCGUGGGUGUUUGGGUGGAGAGUGCCCCGUGGGACAGCCGGGCUUUCGCUUCAGCAUUUCAGGUGGAGGAGGAGCUGAAGGAGCAGCAACGGGAGAAGGCAGCCAGCCUGAGACGCUUCCAGGGAGAGGUGAGGCGGCGGGUGAACCAGCAGGUCAGGAUGCAAAGAAAGCAGCAGCUGCAGAAGUCGUACGAAGCGGCGGAGAGGGAAAGCAGCCUUGUCAUGCAGUACUCGGGCUCCGUGCUGCGUUUGACCCCCGGGAAGAGCACGUGCCUGUUCCAGAGCCACCCCGUGCCCACCAUCUGCGGGCCCGGCGCUCGUGCCGCGCCAGCGCAGCAGCAGGGGAUGCAAAGCCAGCCCUUCCAGCAGCGAGCCGCCGAGCUUAGCAAAACCAUGAAGCAAGUUCGGCACAGGCUGGCAUCCUGCAAAACCACGCCACAAGGAGCAGGUCCCCCCGAACUCCCCGGCGGUGUCUGGAGGCGAGAGAAACCAGAGUCUUGCAAGACAGCCACGGUGCCCACAGAAGAUGGGAACGAGGAAAUGCUUCUGGCAGCACAUCACGAUCUUCCAGCCGAACUACAAGACCAGGGGACAGCCCCGUGUCAGGCUGAGCAAGACGACGACUUCUACAUCAAAAUUGAAUUUGAGAAAUUCUCUGGUGGACCGGUGAAAGACUUGAGCUUGCCCAAACCUCCCCAGGGGCUGCACACCAGCUACCAAGCUCCCCACAUACUCUGGGCUGGUGUAGACCAAGAGGAAACCAAGAAGCAGCGUCAGAACGAGUACCUGAGGUACAGGCGCCUCUUCAUGACUGUCGAGCGAGAGCAGGUGAAGGAACAGCAGAGGCAGAAGGAGAGGCAGAAGAGAAUCGCCCAGAUCAAGAGCAAGAAGGAGAACCAGCGCCGGGCAGAGGAGAAGAUGAUGCAGGAGACAGCUGAGCAGCAAGGACCCUCCCCGGGAGAGGGAGCCUGUGAACCCCUGGCCCAGCUUAAACUGGGGGAGAGGAGAGCGAAGAAGGUUAAGGAGAAACAGCGGCUUAAGGAGCACGUGAGGUACGUCGAAGCUCUAAGAGCCCAGAUGAGGGAAAAGAUAAAACUGUAUAACAUUGACUUGCCCCCGUUGUGCUCCUGCGGGUCCGAUUUCUGGGAAUCCCACCCAGAUACCUGCGCCAACAACUGUGUCUUCUACAAAAACCACAAAGCCUACGGCCACGCGCUGCGGUCCGUCGUCGCGUCCUGCGCCCCCGCGCCCGCCAGCCCCUCGGCGAGGCUGCCGCUCCGGGGCUUGGCUGCUCUCUGCGCUCGCUCGGGGAAGCCUCUGUGACCGGAGCCGCCACGAGUCCUUCCCCUUGCCCCGAUUUCAGUGACUGCUGUAAGCAGAGAGCAGGGCUGGGCUGUGUCCUGCCCGUCUCUCCACCCCACCUUUGCUCUUUUCAGUCCUUGGGCUCAGGUUUAAGCUGCACCUCUCCCGUUUUCCUCCCUGUGUGCGCUUGGCUGGGCCGGGGCCACGGGGCGAUGGUUGGUGCAAACGAGCCGGUUGCUCUGGGGGGCUGGUUUAGAGGCAGGCACUUGAAUUUUGGUGUUCAGCUGCGAAUAAACUGUUUUCAAGGAC